AUGGUUGGUGUUGCGGCGAGGAUUAUUUGUAUUAUUAAAUCUGAUACUAGGAGUAUUGGUGUUGUUGAAUCUAUUGUUUUGAAUGGAAUUAUCAUUGAUGUCGAUGUUGCUAGGGGUACGACCACUGUUACUGGUAUUGUUGAUGUAGUUGUUGCUGUUGAUGGGGUUGUGGGUUUGAUUGGUGGGAUGAUUGGUGUUGUAGGUAAUAUUAUCGGUGCUGCUAGUGGGAUAAUGGGUCUUGCAGGUAGUUUUAGUAAUGUGAGUAGUAUUAUGGAUGGGAUUGAUGGGAUUCUUAGCCUUGUUGGAGCAAUUGGUGUGGUUCUUGGUGCUACUAAUAUAAUCAAGGGUGGCCUCUUUAGAGUAUUAGACUGA